AUGGACCGCCUGAGACGGAAACGAGACACUGCAGCAACUCCUGCAGCUGGGUCGAGUACAGCUGGUGUCGCAUCGCGGACGCGUGCGGCUACACGAGAUCAGAAGAUUCAGAAGGCCAAGGAGGCCGAGAAGGAAGGCAAGGAGAACAAGAAGGUCAUAGCGUCGUCGGCAGCGAAGCCUAAGAGCAAGGAAUCAGCAGCGUCGAAGAUCUCGAAUGUGAAGGAAAAUGCGCGCAUCCCUGGCGGGUCAUCUCGAAGGGCAGCACCCAGCAAUGUCGCAGCACCAGCAGCCACAACGGCCACCAAGGCACCACAUCCCUCUACGCAUCGUUUGGAGGAACCUGUGAAAGUCCCUCCGCGCCCCAGGCGUGAGGUGGCGACGGCGGCCAAGGCGGGCAAGGCGAGCCCAGGCUCGCCGCGGAAGCGCAAGAAGGCAGAGGCAACGAGUAGCACCAAGGGGUCGGCCGCCAUCGAAGAAGAGGACCCCAAGCGCGCACGGUGCCGAGGACGUCAGGAGGACGUUCUUGCUGAGAAGACGCCGCCGACCGGCCCGCCUGCUGCUCUCCUUGCUUCGCCAGUCGCUCCGGGCACGCCUCUCUACCCGCGCCUCGACGUGGAGACCAGCACGCCGCCCUCUUCGCCAGCAGCGGCAGCACGCUCUCUUUCGCCGCGCGGACAACCAGGACCCGCUGCGGCUAGCUACGGCGUGAUUCCCUUCAGCGUCUCCACCGAAGAGGCCCUCGCUACAUUCACUCAGUGGAAGUCCAACCUGUGGUACGUAAUGUUUGCGCCGUCGGACUUCAACGAGGCCACGGAGAACCCGGUGGUGGAGAAGGUGUGGGUGCCCUAUCACGCAAUGACGGUCGCAGUCGACGCCACGCUGAUCGCCACCACGACCACUACGGCCCCUACGGUGGCCACGACUAGCACAUCUACGCCCACGAAAACGCCUCCGCGCGCGCCCAGGCAACAGCAAGUCGCGUGCGAGCUCAGCGGCACUGAGCGGAUCUUUGUGUGCGCCGCACAGUUCGAGGAUGAACGACGUCGGCUCAAGCACGUAGAAGACGAGGAGCUGCUGGCCUCUGAAGAAGAAGUCAUCAGCGAGGCCCGUCGGCGCGACGAGGGAGGAGUGGUUCGGCUGGGGCUGGCCAAAGACGGGCUGAUGCGCCUGGUCGACGGCGAGCUCCGGCAGAGGCUCGAGCGCAAGGGCAAGGCGGAGAUCUGCCAGCAUCAUCAAGUCGCCGGCGUCGCCAUGAAGGAGGCGGACAUCAAGCACACCAAGAUGGACAAGCUGCGCGUGCGCAUCGAGAAGGAUAGGGCUGUGCUCAUGCCCGUCUAUGUGAUCUCCUACCACUACGGGACUACCGCCGACGAACCAUCCGUGGGCUGCAGCACGAGCAGCCACGGCACCGCUGGGCAGGGUCGUGCCCGGUUCGUCUUUCUCGUCAACGGCACCACGCGCAAGUGUUGGGGCGAACGGCCCUGGGGCAUGGGCACUCUGCUCAGCAAAGGGAUCGGCGCGUUGACCAGCAUCCUGGGCACGGACGACGAGGACCGAAUCGGGCUGGUCGAGGGAGCUCUCCUGCGACGAGUCGACUGCAGUCCGCACUACGAGCGCGACUCGCUCUACCUCGUCUUCCCGCCGUCGCACUCCUAUCUCAUCACCAGCGCGCCCGGCUGGAUCAGGCUCAAGAACUGCAGCGGCGACAGCGGCGACGCCGAUGGGCACCACGUCGAGCUGCUCUCGUGGCGUCGCAAGGGCGAGCGACCGCUCGGCCGAUUCACCCUCGCGCCCGGACAAGAAGAAGUGUUCGACUUUAGGGUAACCAUCAUCACCACCUUCCUCAAGAUCGAUGAAGUGUACAACUCACACUGGCGAUUGAUGAUGGUGAUGCAGGGCCGCUGGUGCAUUGAAGUACGCGCCUCUGCAAAGCUUCGCUCUUCGUCGCCCGUUCAAGUGGUGGGCUUUGAAACGACGGGCGGAGGCGGCUACGGCAACAAGCUCAACAUGCACCACGAGGGACUUUGGUAA